UGAAGAUCAUUAAUGAUUGGAUGAGGAUAAACUCGACCGACGUGGCUUCCACAGCCAGAACAACUGGUAACUGGUAAGAGACGCCAAAUUCCGCCAACCGCAAAUCCGCACGGCUCUCCGACGGCCGCCCGCCGAAGCGUGACGUGAAGAGCCCGGCCGGCGGCCGCCCCGCGACCGGCGCGCAGCGAGGACGCCGAGGAGGCCCCCCGUCGGUCGAUGGUUAUCCGCCGGCUCCGGGGCACAUGGACUCCUCCCGCUCCUCGAACGCUCUCGCGUCGAGGAGAUCUCUGACGCUGGGGGAGCUCGCGUGCGGGGCGCUGUUCCCGGUGCUCGCCGUGGUGGACGCGGUGAUGCUCGGGGCCGCGUGGUGCUUCCAGAAAAACCCGCCCAGGCUGCUGCCCGCACUCGACGCCCGCGCGCGCCUCCGGUCUGGCGGUCGCCUCACCUUCCGCGAGAUCGCCGACCUCGCCGACGAGUCCCGCUACUUCUCGGUGAACGAGGUGGAGGCGUUGUACGAGCUGUACAAGAAGAUCAGCUGUUCCAUCGUCGACGACGGUCUGAUCCAUAAGGAGGAUCUGCAGUUAGCAUUGUUCAGGACACCAUCUAGAAAUAAUAUUUUUCUAGAUAGAGUUUUUCAUCUAUUUGAUGAAAAGAAAAAUUCUGUUAUUGAAUUUGAAGAGUUUAUUCGCGCAAUAAGUGUAUUUCAUCCAAAUGCUCCUCGUGAAGAUAAAAUUGAUUUUUCAUUCAGACUGUAUGAUUUGAGGCAAACUGGUUUCAUUGAGCGUGAAGAGGUGAAACAAAUGGUUGUUGCUACUUUAAUGGAGUCACAGGUGGAGCUAUCUGACGAUCUUGUGGAAGUAAUAAUAGAUAAGACAUUUGAGGAUGCUGAUACUGAUAAGGACAACAAGAUCAGCAGAGAGGAGUGGGAAGCUUUUGUAUUGCAGCACCCUUCUGUUAUAAAGAAGAUGACACUGCCUCACCUGAAGGAUACUACAGCGGCAUUCCCCAGCUUCGUCUUCAAUACACAGGUCGAAGACUAGAGGGUGAAACACAACGCUUGGUACUAAAGUAAGUAGUCUUAUGGCUGCUAGGUCAGAACUUGGAGCAGAAGAUGGAGAUGAGCACUUGAGAAAGAAAAGAGUCUGCUCUGAAAAUAUCUGCUGCUCUCAAAGGAAAGAUCGGUGGAUAUUGGAUGGCACCAGACUGUGCCCCAGAUGACUGCUGACCUGCUCCCGUCUCCAGCUAAGUAGAUUGAUUGAUGCUGCAGCUGCAGCUGCUGCUGCUGGUGGAAGAGUCAGUUUCAGUGCUCGUGGUUUGAUAACCGGCAUGCGUAUCACAUUUAUUCAUUCCAUCACUAUCCGCAUUACUAGUAUCUUUGUGCAAGAUGACAGCGACUUCUUCUAGAGUCAUUCCAUUUAUCAGAUUUGGGUACAGUUGUUCUUUAUUUCAACUUGUUGCCCCAAAUUGUGCAGGGGUUCCGCUAUUUUAAGCAGUAACAAUUCCAAUAUGAUAUUUCCUUAACAUUU